GAUACAGAGGCGAUAAUGGCGGCGUCUCGUCGCUCUUCCCAGCAGCAUCACGGCCCGGGUUUCUCCUCCCCUCCGCGGGUCACCCCGCCUGGAUCUCCUCCAGGUCCCGCCGCCUCCACCGUGUCCUCCCCGGGCGCCUCGGAGGAGUCCGGAGCCGCGGACGUGGACGUGGAUGUGAGCCCGAUCUCUCCCCCCGCUCCUCCCGUCCGCAGCUCGAGCACCACGGCCAGCAGCGCCAGCUCCAGCAGCACCAGCACGAGCAGCUCACCCAGCACCGCGACCGGGAUCAGUUCCGGAUCCAGUCCCGACUCACCCGCAUCGCCCGGGUCCGGCUCGAGUCCGUCCGGAGCCUACGGGGGCAGCGUUAGCGUCAGCGGCGCGUUCAGGGAGCUGUUCGAGGCCUGCAGGAAUGGAGACGUGUCCCGGGUGAAGAGGCUGGUGGACUCGGUCAGUGUGAACGCUAAAGACAUGGCGGGCCGGAAGUCCACCCCGCUCCACUUCGCUGCAGGUUUUGGAAGGAAGGACGUGGUGGAGCAUCUCCUACAGACCGGCGCCAACGUGCACGCCCGCGACGACGGCGGUCUGAUCCCUCUCCACAACGCCUGCUCCUUCGGUCACGCCGAGGUGGUGAGCCUACUGCUGUGCCAGGGCGCCGACCCCAACGCCAGGGACAACUGGAACUACACGCCGCUCCACGAAGCCGCCAUCAAGGGCAAAAUCGACGUCUGUAUAGUUCUGCUCCAGCACGGCGCCGACGCCAACAUCCGCAACACCGACGGCAAAUCGGCGCUGGAUCUGGCCGAGCCCUCCGCCAAAGCCGUCCUCACCGGUGAAUACAAGAAGGACGAACUGCUGGAAGCGGCUAGGAGUGGAAAUGAGGAGAAGCUCAUGGCCCUGCUCACCCCGCUUAACGUCAACUGCCACGCCAGCGAUGGGCGCAAGUCCACUCCACUGCACCUGGCGGCGGGAUACAACCGGGUCCGGAUCGUCCAGCUCCUCCUCCAGCACGGGGCAGACGUGCACGCCAAGGAUAAAGGCGGUCUGGUUCCUCUGCACAACGCCUGUUCGUACGGUCACUACGAGGUCACCGAGCUGCUGCUGAAGCACGGCGCGUGCGUCAACGCCAUGGACCUGUGGCAGUUCACCCCCCUGCACGAGGCCGCGUCCAAGAACCGGGUGGAGGUGUGUUCGCUGCUCCUGAGUCACGGCGCCGACCCCACGCUGGUCAACUGUCACGGCAAGAGCGCGGUGGACAUGGCCCCUACGCCGGAGCUCAAAGAGAGGCUGACCUACGAGUUCAAGGGUCACUCUCUGCUGCAGGCGGCGCGGGAGGCCGACAUGGCCAAGGUGAAGAAGACCCUGGCUCUGGAGAUCAUCAACUUCAAACACCCGCAGACCCACGAGACCGCGCUGCUUUGUGCGGUGGCCUCGGCCCAUCCCAAGAGGAAGCAGGUGACGGAGCUUCUGCUGCGCAAGGGUGCCAACGUCAACGAGAAGAACAAAGAUUUCAUGACGGCUCUGCACGUUGCAGCCGAGAGGGCUCACAACGACAUCCUGGAGGUGCUGCAGAAACACGGAGCCAAGAUGAACGCGGUGGACACCCUGGGGCAGACGGCGCUGCACCGGGCCGCCCUGGCCGGGCACCUUCAGUCGUGCCGGCUGCUGCUGAGUUACGGCGCCGAUCCCGCCAUCACCUCCCUGCAGGGCUUCACCGCCGCUCAGAUGGGCAACGAGGCCGUCCAGCAGAUCCUCAACGAAAACGUUCCGGUCAGGAACUCGGACGUGGACUACAGGCUGUUGGACGCUGCGAAAGCUGGAGACCUGGAUACUGUGAAGCAGCUGUGCUCUCCUCAGAAUGUGAACUGCAGGGAUCUGGAGGGGCGACACUCCACGCCGCUGCACUUCGCCGCAGGUUAUAACCGCGUGGCCGUGGUGGAGUACCUGCUGCUCCACGGCGCCGACGUCCACGCCAAAGACAAAGGAGGUCUGGUGCCGCUACAUAACGCCUGUUCGUACGGGCACUACGAGGUGGCGGAGCUGCUGGUGAGACACGGCGCGUCGGUCAACGUGGCCGACCUGUGGAAGUUCACCCCGCUUCACGAAGCUGCUGCCAAGGGCAAAUACGAGAUCUGCAAACUGCUCCUCAAGCACGGAGCCGACCCCACCAAGAAGAACCGGGACGGGAACACGCCGCUGGACAUGGUGAAGGAAGGAGACACGGACAUCCAGGACCUGCUGAGGGGAGACGCCGCUCUGCUGGACGCCGCUAAGAAAGGCUGCCUGGCUCGGGUCCAGAAGCUCUGCAGCCCCGAAAACAUCAACUGCAGAGACACGCAGGGGCGCAACUCCACCCCCCUGCACCUGGCAGCUGGUUAUAACAACCUGGAGGUGGCGGAGUAUCUCCUGGAGCACGGUGCAGACGUGAACGCGCAGGACAAGGGCGGCCUGAUUCCCCUCCACAACGCCGCCUCAUACGGGCACGUAGACAUAGCGGCUCUGCUCAUCAAGUUCAACACGUGCGUGAACGCUACCGACAAGUGGGCGUUCACUCCUCUCCACGAGGCCGCCCAGAAAGGACGCACCCAGCUGUGCGCCCUCCUGCUGGCACACGGAGCCGACCCCACCAUGAAGAACCAGGAGGGCCAGACGCCGCUCGACCUAGCCACGGCUGACGAUAUCCGGGCGCUGCUGAUCGACGCCAUGCCCCCUGACGCCCUGCCCAGCUGCCUUAAACCCCAGGCCACGGUGGUGAGCGCCGCCGUCAUCUCGCCCGCCUCCACGCCGUCCUGCCUGUCGGCCGCCAGCAGCAUCGAUAACCUGGCGGGACCGCUGUCCGAUCUGGCCGCCUCCGGGGCGUCGGGGCCAGCGGACGGGGCCACGGGUGCUGAGCGGAAGGAGGGAGAAAUUGCCAUCCUGGACAUGAACAUCACUCAGUUCCUGAAGAGUCUGGGCCUGGAGCAUCUGCGCGACAUUUUUGAGAGGGAGCAGAUCACCUUGGACGUGUUGGCCGACAUGGGCCACGAGGAGCUGAAGGAGAUCGGCAUCAACGCGUACGGCCACCGGCACAAGCUCAUCAAAGGCAUCGAGAGGCUUCUGGGUGGUCAGCAAGGCGGCAACCCGUACCUGACGUUCCACUGUGCGAGUCAGGGAACGGUUCUGAUCGACCUGCAGCCCGAUGAUAAAGAGUUCCAGUCUGUGGAGGAGGAGUUGCAGAGCACGAUCCGAGAGCACCGAGACGGAGGGAAUGCGGGAGGUGUGUUCAGCCGCUACAACAUCCUGAAGAUCCAGAAGGUGGUGAAUAAGAAGCUGAGAGAGAGAUACGCACACAGACAGAAGGAAAUCUCAGACGAGAAUCACAACCACCAUAACGAGCGCAUGCUGUUCCAUGGUUCUCCUUUCAUUAACGCCAUCAUCCACAAAGGCUUUGAUGAGAGACACGCCUACAUAGGGGGCAUGUUCGGAGCGGGCAUCUACUUCGCCGAGAACUCGUCCAAAAGCAACCAGUACGUGUAUGGCAUCGGCGGUGGCACCGGCUGCCCCACACACAAGGACCGCUCCUGUUACAUCUGUCACAGGCAGAUGCUGUUCUGUCGGGUGACCCUGGGAAAAUCCUUCCUGCAGUUCAGCGCUAUGAAAAUGGCUCACGCUCCUCCAGGUCAUCACUCGGUCAUCGGACGUCCCAGCGUCAACGGUCUGGCGUACGCCGAGUACGUGAUCUACAGAGGGGAGCAGGCGUACCCGGAGUACCUCAUCACCUACCAGAUCGUGAAGCCGGAGAGCACGCCGCAGACGCCGGCGGCGGCCGAGCAGAAGUCGUAGUGGCGCUCGGGUCGCCCCUUCUCGGACUGUUACGCAACUUACACACUUCACACACAUUCUGGCCUCCGCUUCGUCUGCCUCCGAGCGCCCCCGCACGGUUUACAGCAUUUCGGCCCCGGAUCCGAGAACCCACGCCCCUCUACGCCCCGGCGGGGGGACUGCACCCGGGCUGUAGGAGGGUGUGGGUUCGAAGGUCAGCGCAGGGCACCUUUUUCUAGGGAACACACUACCAGAUGGACCACGUCAGCAUUCGGGACCUCGUUUUAUUUUCUUGUGUUUUUUGAUGUUGAACCCCACUUGUUUUUUGGGGGAAAGAGGGAAGGGUGGGGGGGCACAGGU